AUGAAUGAGAUUCUGGUAUUAAUUGCCGGACUUAUUAACAUUUCUGUAUUGACGCCACUAUUUUUAGCCCCACUUAUUGUUGCCGUUAUAUUAUAUGUAUUAUUUCUGAUAUUUUACUUAAAAUCAUCGCGUCAAUUAAAAAGAUUAGAGUCAACCACUCGAUCGCAAAUCAUAUCGCACUUUGAAGAGUCGGUCAACGGUCUGUCCAGUGUUCGGGCCUAUCGUUGUUCAGAUAGGUUUGUACGGGAAAUAGAGUCCCGAUUGGACGACAACCAGAUGUGUCUUUAUCCCAAUGUUAUGGCCAUUAGUUGGCUACAGACACGGUUGGCUGUGUUGAGCAAUCUAUUGAUAUUUUUUGCCGCACUAUUUGCCGUACUGUCCAAAGAUCGACUGACUGGCGGUUCAAUAGGUGUUACCCUGUCGUUGGCCAUCGGACUGAUGCCGACGUUUGAAUAUCUGAUCAAAGUGUUUAUUCUCAUUGAAAACAGUAUCGUUUCAGUGGAACGGGUGGAUGAAUAUACUCGACUAGAAUCCGAGGCCGACUGGCACUCGACCGCUAUUGAACUGCCGGCCAAUUGGCCGUCAAACGGUUCGGUUCGGUUUGAAGGCUAUGGUACCCGAUAUCGUCCCGGAUUGGAUCUGGUGUUACGCGGUAUUGAUAUAUGCAUUAAACCCAAGGAAAAGAUAGGUAUUGUUGGCCGAACCGGUGCUGGAAAGUCAUCGCUAACAUUGGCACUGUUUCGGAUCAUUGAGCCGGCAAUGGGCAACAUUAUCAUCGACGACAUCGACAUCAGCCGAUUGGGUCUCCAAGAGUUACGGUCGCGGUUGACAAUCAUACCGCAGGAACCGGUACUCUAUUCGGGUACUAUUCGAUCAAAUUUGGAUCCAUUUGGCAAUCAUACCGAUUCGGAUUUGUGGUCAGUAUUAGAACAGUCACAUCUCAAACAGUUUGUCCAGUCGUUGGACAAUCAGUUGGAUUCAUCUGUUGCCGAAUCGGGCGAUAAUCUAAGUGUCGGUCAGCGACAACUUGUUUGUCUGGCCCGAGCACUGCUUCGUCAUACAUCUGUACUGAUCCUCGACGAGGCCACGGCUGCCAUCGAUAUCGAAACCGAUGCACUUAUUCAGCAAACUAUUCGCCAGGAGUUCAGUUCGUGUACUGUACUGACAAUUGCCCACCGAAUCAAUACGAUUAUGGACUCGGAUCGGGUGCUAGUGUUCAACAAUGGACGGGUAGCCGAGUUUGACGAACCCGAUGUUUUGUUGGCAAACAAGUCUAGCAUUUUCUUUACACUGGCCAGAGAUGCCGGAAUUAUUUGA